AUCCCACCUGCCCCCUUUUCUGCCCCUCGUAGUUGCCCCAGCGUGUGCAGGACCAACAUGCCCAGCAGCAGUAACAGCGUCCCAACUCAGCUGAAGCAGAAGAGCAGCACGCGUGCGGAUCUGUAGCGGUGUGUGAAGGAUGGCGGUGCUGCUGGCUCUCUGCGCUGCGGUUUGCUGCUCUGCUCUUCAGACUGUGGGCGCCAAGCUUUACUCCAAUAGAUACGAGGGUGAUCAAGUGUUGAGGAUAAUCCCCAGCAGUCAUGUGGAGAUCCAGUUGCUCAAACAGCUUUUUCAAAACAUAACGGUGGACUUCUGGCAGCCUAGCAGCACUUCUUUUAUCCACAUGGGCAGCUCAGUGGACGUCCAUGUGGGACGAAACAGCACAGGACGUCUCAAAGCUCAUCUCCAACAGACCCACAUCCACUAUAAGGUGCUCAUUCCCAAUCUCCAGAAGGAAAUGGAAAAACAGGCAGGAAAUCGGUCCUCCAGAAAGCGCCGGUCAGAAUUCCAGUACGACUAUGAGGUGUAUCAUCCCUUGGAGGAGAUCCAGAGUUGGAUGUUUGAAAUGAACCGGACACACCCGCACCUGGUGGACAUGUUUUCUAUUGGAUGGUCCUAUGAGGGACGGCCACUGUAUGUGCUAAAGUUAGGAAACAGAAAACGGCUUCAUAAGAAGGCGAUGUGGAUAGAUUGUGGAGUUCACGCACGCGAAUGGAUCGGCCCGGCCUUCUGCCAGUGGUUCGUCAGAGAAGCCGUGAACUCCUACCUGCGCGAUUCCAGUAUGAGGCGACUGAUGAAUCAGCUGAAUAUCUACAUCAUGCCUGUCUUCAAUGUGGAUGGAUAUCACUACAGCUGGAAAACCGACCGCUUCUGGCGGAAAACGCGCUCCAAAAAUGCCAAGUAUCACUGCCGUGGGGUCGACGCCAACCGCAACUGGAAGGUGAAGUGGUGUGAUGAAGGAGCUUCCUUACACCCAUGUGACGACACAUAUUGUGGCCCUUUCCCCGAGUCUGAGCCUGAAGUGAAGGCUGUGGCCAGGUUCCUACGCAAACACAGAAAGCAUGUCAAGGCUUAUAUAUCCAUCCACGCCUACGCUCAAAUGCUCCUGUACCCCUACUCCUACAAAUACGCCACCAUCCCCAACUUCGACUGUGUGGAAACAGCCGCGCAGAACGCUGUGAGUGCCCUUUACUCUGCAUAUGGAGUGAGGUACAGAUAUGGACCUGCCUCCACCACGCUGUACGUAAGCUCGGGGAGCUCUAUAGACUGGGCCUACAAGAACGGAAUCCCUUAUGCUUUCGCCUUUGAGCUGCGAGACACAGGCUAUUAUGGCUUCCUCCUGCCCGAGGCCCUAAUUGGCCCCACCUGCAUGGAGACCAUGAGGGCAGUGAGAGCCAUCGCCUCGGGCUUGCUGAAGAAAUGCACCAGCUGAACCCUGAGGACAUCUCUCUCUCUCUGUCACUCUCUCUCUCUCUCUCUCUCUCUCUCUCUCUCUCUCACUCUCUCAACUGCUCCAUCCCUUCGUCAUGCCCCUGGAGCAGCUUUUAAAGCUAACAUGUCCCUACAGGCUGUUCCUUAAUGUGUCAGUGCUGAUAUCUCAAAGCGCAUGUCAUGAGGGCAUCCAAAACAGCUGACGGGUGUGGGUGGGUGAUACAGACGAAAUGUACCAUCACAAUACUUGGAGAUAUUUUCACGAUACAUGAAAUAUAUCAUCAUUAUUGAGUUUCGCAGAAAAGUAAAAAUACUCUCAAAAAGGACUAAAAUCUAUGGGCAUAAUGAAUAUUUCAGAAAGAAUAGGAGGAAUAAUCAAGCAAUUGGUAAAAGUAAGCCGUUACAUUUUAAAUUAAGACCAUAAAUGUGUUUUCUAAGUGUGACACUUCAACCCUAUAGAAGCAUUUAAUUAGCAACGUUCAAAUGAAAAGGUAAUAUGUAAAAUGGUAGUGUAUUCUAAUAUUUGAAUUUAGAAUUACCCACUUUUACAUGCCACUUUGGGCUUAAAAUGAAAAUUCAAAUUCAAUUUUACUGUUUUAAUUUGCCAUUUGGUGUACUAGUAUUGGCAUUUCAUUUACACAGAGAUUUCAAUGCUUUUCAAGAAGCUUUAUUGAAAUUAAAAUACAUUUCCAGAACUGCACAUUCAGUCCUUAUAUGAUUACACAAUUUUGGUGUCAAUAAGAUAAUUCAAAUGUAAUUUAUAAUGACCUUAUUUGCAUUUGCGCUCUCUAAUAAUAGUUUUGAAAUUGCAUUGUCAAAUGUACGCUAAGCUAGAAAGAUGGCAAAUUGCAUGUAAAUAGGAAAACAGCGCCUCUCUUCUUCUCUUCUUUCUGAUUACAUCUUCUGACUGUGCUCAUUCUGCCUUUGACCUAAUUGCAUUUGGGAUAAAAUCUUAGCGAAUGAAGCAAAUGCCAUUAAUGAUGAUUAACUACACAAAUACUGCUAUUAAUCAGUAUAACUUAUGGAAUAAUGCUCUGCUAUCCAGUUAUACAGAGAAAAUCGUAAUAUAUAUCACAAUACCAGUAAUAUAUCAUCAUAUCGCCCACCCAUGGCUCAAAGUAAAACAGUAAUAUCGCACUCUUAUUCUUAUACCUCACUUACCCUCAUUUCCAUCAGACUGUUGUUCAGAGUGCCUUUGCCUUGUCCUGCACCAAGGGUAAAUGCCCUGUGGCCUUAUGGAGAUGCACUUUUGUGAGUAAACAAAGUGUUUCUGAAUGUCCUGCUGUUUCAGAGCACUUGCUGAAACACCUCAGCUGCAGUACGAUCCAUAAGAAGAGCAAAGACCAAAGAAUGUAAACAUUGUAUACUUUUAUAUUCUAGUAAGUAUAUUUUGUAUAGAAUUAUUUAACGGUGGCUUUAUACAUAAUGCAGAGCUACGAAACCAGGCGAAAGCUACACUGAACUGUGUAUGAUGUGCAAUGGACCAUUGAAGUACAUUCAAACAAUGAUGGGGAAAGUACAGGAAACACUUCCUCAUGGGGUUUCCCCUUUUUUUUAAUGAUGUCAAGCAACAACACUUUUAGAUAAUGACAUUUUCCAUAUAUUGCAUUGACAGUAGCAUUUUACUGUACUUCAGACAGGUUUCUAGCUCUUUUACUGUGCUAACCUAUUUAUAGACGUAAACUGUUAUAACUGUUCGUAAUACAGCACUGUGCAAAAGUCAGAGACCACACCUCAUUCAUUUCAGUGUCAGGAAACUCCUGGUCUCCAGUACAGUAUUAUGGAUGAUGGUAUGUAUUUUAUGGCCUGUAUUUGUUACAUGCAUAUUCAAAAAUGUUUUUUUUAUGUUUAGCAUCUUAUACAGAAAAUAUGGGAGCUAUACAUAAAGUAAUGGAGCUUUUAUCUUUAUGGGCUUUUUAUUAUGUUUUUAUGGCCUGAAGCUUCAAUAUUCAAAUUUUUACUCUAUAUUACUAUUACUAAUACUUUGUACUGAAUUUCAGACUGGUUUUUAUAUUCUAGCCUAUUUAUAGAGCGGUAAUUAUUUAAUAUAAUAUGCAAUAUGUGUGCUGGAUAUAAUGAUCAUUUCUGUACUGUUCCUCUGUUUAGUUUGUAACUGUAGUACAGCAGUUUUGUCUAGAAGUUAAAGAUGAAUAUAAAUCACCUGUUCUGGAUUGUACAACACACCCGAAUGGGGUUUGAUCAUUCAAACAGCGGACCCUCCGAGAUGGUGUAUUCUGUAAUCUUUUCAUAAUGAAGGCUCGUCUUUGGGUUUUAUUCAGGCAGCCCCAUUGUAGGAGCUCAGAAAUAAAAGACUAGCGCCGCUCCUUUGAAA